AUCUUGGGCUAUAAUCCAAUUUCGUCCAAAGAAGAUUGUUAUAGUUUUUUCAAUCAGGAAUGUCCGGUGAUUAUAUCCAAUUCCAAAAGAAAAAAUUUUUGUCCAUUAACCUGGGUUGCUUUGAUUAAAACUGAUACUGCGUUGAUUAAAUUAUGGAGAUAUAUUCAUAUUUUGAAAAGAGCUCAGAAACAAGCGGUUUUCGCCAUGGAUAAAAAUAGUAAUCCCGAUUAUUAUAGAAGACAAGUCGAAUGUACUGAAGGAUUAACUGAUGAUAUGAAACCUUAUAAAGCUAAAAACUUUCAAAAAUCUCCAAAUUAUAAUACUAGUGAUGCUAAAAAUAAAAUUAAUGCUAGAGCAAUGUCUUUAGGAUUAAUGUUUUAUGAAGGUGGGAUCGAUGAAGAAUUAGCCUUGAUUGAUAAAAUUGAGUUGGUUUUACCUAAACAAAAAGUUAUUUGGAAAUUGAUUGAACGAUUUUUCUCUCAUGUCUAUCCGUAUUUCCCCUUAUUAGAUGAAGAUGAUUUUAGAAGUAAAAUUUCUCAAUUUAUUGGUCCCGAAGCUUAUAAUGAUGCUAAAAUAAAUAAUUUAAAAAUUGAAAGAAAAAUCGAUUUUACUUAUCUUGGUACUUUAUUAUUAGUCUUGAGAUUUGCUUAUUUAACCUUAUUUACCAAUUCUGCUAGUAUUAAUGAAGCUAAUUUAUCAACUGAUGAUCCUUCUCCAAAAGCUCAAGAUAUUAAAUACUUAUUAAGUAAUGUAAUCAGUAUUGAUGUGGUUGAUGUUGCUGAAAUGUGUUUAAAUCAAUUCAACUUGGUUAAAACUUUAACUUUACCUUUAUUACAAUUGGCCAUAUAUACAAGAGUUUAUAGAAUAUAUUCUCCUGAAGAUGGUGAAGGUCGUGAUAACACUGAUUCUGUGGUUUAUACUGGAACUUUACAUCAAAUGGCUUUUUCAAUGGGUCUUCAUCGUGAACCAGAUUAUUUCCCUGAAGAACAUCCCGAUCCAAAAUUGAAUAAUUUACAAAGGAAAAUAUGGUACGGAAUCUUAAUUCUUGAUGCAAAUGAUUUUAUUCUAACUGGUAGCCCUUUAAUAACUCAUCCUGAAUCUUUUGAUACUAAAACUCCUUAUUAUGUUCCAGGAAAUGAAAAUAUUCGAGAUAUUGAAGUUGAAAAAAUGACCGAUUCUCAAUUUUCAAGAUUUGAUUCUAAUUUUCAAAUGAUUUAUGAAGCUUCAACUCUGAUUACUUCAUUAAAGAAGAAGGUAAAUUUAUACGAAUUUUCUUUAAAAAUGAAUGACAUGGAAAAACAUUUGAAAACAACCUAUGGAGAUUCUCUAGUUUCUCAUCUUGGAUGUGGUUCUUUAUCAAGAGAAAUGGUUUUUGCUAAAAGUGUUAAUUUAAAAAUCUUUUUCAGUUCAAUUUUUUUCUUAUCGGGGAUUUAUUUACAUCUAUUCAAUUAUUAUGAAGCAAAAGUUAAUUAUACUUAUGCUUUUUAUUAUAUGAAGAAAUUGAUGAUUAUUUUGAUACCAAAUUUAUUACCAUUUUAUUCUGAUUUAGUUGAAAAUAGUUCCUUUAUUUUUAAAAGUUCUACAGACUUAUUUGUCACUCCAGGUUUCGAAUUAGUUCUUCAUAAAACUUGUAUUGCAAUUCAAUCCUUAUAUAUGAGAUGCCGGUUUUCUUUAAAGGAUUUUGAAUCAUCUCCAGAUCAUAUUCAUUUAAUGAAGACUGAUACCGCUUAUUCUGGUCAUAUUAAUGCAAUUGAAACUUUGACUAAAAAUUUAUUAAUUUGUACAUCUGCAUUAAUGGAAAUUACUUCAGUUUUAAGUAAACGUUAUUAUUAUUCCUGGCGUAUGCUAAAAGCAUGCACUUUUAUUUUAAAAAUUCUUAAAGAUGAUGAUAUUUAUAAUCAUGUUGGUAAAGAAAAAUCAUUAUUAAGAUUUACAACUCCAAUGUUAAAUGAAUUAAAUGGAAUAUUAAAACAAUCAAUUAAAAAAAUUGAAGAACAAAAAAGAAAAUUGAAAACAUCUAAUCUAAGUUACAAUUCUAAUAUUUCAAAUACAGUUGAUUCACUGGAUGUUCAAAUGAAUAGAUCUUCAAUGUCAAAUGAAAGUUUAAGUGUUGGUAGUACUAAUUCCGCUAGUAUUGAUUAUGAUUUUUUCGGUAAAAGUGCAUCAAUUAAUCAUAAUAAUGAUCCUCAAGUUGAUGAUUUAUGGAUACAAAUGAUUUCAGUUAAAGAAAAU